AUGGGUGACAACGUAAUUUCUUACCUCGAGCCGGUAGUGCCUUCCUGCUGGCUUCCCGUUGUCCGAGCGAGAUCCUUGCAGAGGCUCUCAAGAGCCGUCGGGCAGUCUGUGCCCAUCGAAGACAUGUUCAUAGACGACGAUGGCCUGUUAAGUUGGAAGGGCUAUCGGGGAAACGCCGUCCAAAACCAGGCCAGCCUGAUAGUCAGGCUGGUCCUGGUCCGCGUCGGCGAGGAGGGAGGCGAGACGGAGAAUGUGAGCUUCGACGUUAUCGCCCGCCGAGGAAGUGCGAGGCUAUUCGAGGCCUGGCUUCAAGGCAUCCGUACUGACGAAAUGACCAUUGGUCAUGAUCUCCUUCCCGUGUGGCCUGCUCUCGGCCUGGUCGUCUUGCCGCCUAUUCCUAUCCCCCCCGGCGUCCUUCGGUGGCUCAACAGCGCCGUUCACUACCGACUGCUCUUGGACCGGAUUUUCCGAGAGAUGCCAGAGAGUUUGUGGUACUUGUGGCUAUCGUCGUCCAACUUGGCUGCCUGA